UUGCUCGCGCGGGUGUUUUGUUUGGCAUUUGCUAACACUGCUCGCUCUUAUUGUUAUGUGUACAAUAAUAAUAAUACACAGGUUGCUGUUAGCUGUUGUUUGCACAUGAUUUUCAACACUGUUUAAACAUUGACGAAAGCGACCAAAAAACGAAGAAAACAAGUGAAAAAGCAAACAACUUGAUAAAAUACUCAAACACACACACACACACACACAGAGGAGUGGGAGAGAGAGAGAGGAAGAGAGAGUGAAAUAGUUGUGUGUUGCCAGAGAUAUAUAUAUUUUUUUACGAUCUAUUACGAAACGUGCAACUAUUAAUCUUAAUAAAUACUAAUUGGAUACAAUACGCGCACGAGGCACACGAUCAAUCCAGAGAGAUCAACAACAACAACAGCAAUUCAGCAGCCAAUUGAUGCGCGUCAUGCAGCUUGAACGUCACAGCGACGGCGACGGCGACGUCAGCGCAGCUGGAAGCCAUAGAAAAACGCAUCAAAAGCAGCAGGCAGCAGCCAAAAUGUGUUCCCGCAACAUAAAGAUCUCGGUGGUGCUGUUUCUUGUCUUGAUACCCAUAUUCACAGCGUUGCCACACAAUCACAAUUUAUCGAAGCGCAGCAAUUUCUUUGAUCUGGAAUGCAAGGGCAUCUUCAACAAGACGAUGUUCUUUCGCCUGGAUCGCAUCUGUGAGGACUGUUACCAAUUGUUCCGUGAGACGAGUAUACAUCGACUAUGCAAGAAAGACUGCUUUGAUUCCAAAUGGUUUGGCGAAUGCGUUAAAGUGCUUUUAACACCAACAGAAGAAAUAACAAAUUUACAACAUUUUAUAAAAGUAGUAAAUGGCUCGCCCAUAUCAUUCAACAUGGCGCCGGUUACAUAACUCGAAGUGGUUGGUUAGAACCACCACCGAAUACCACCAGAAGCCACUCACACGCACGCACACGCACACGCACACGCACACGCACACAGACACAGACAUCCACCUAUCCGCAGUUACACACGCAGCCACACGCAGCGACACGCACACAGGCACACACACUCACGCGAUACACACAACGAAAUGGAAGAACAAGUUCAAGAGAUUCCAGUUCGCAUAUGGUUCGUUUCGGUUCGUUUCGUUUCGUUUCGGUUCGGUUCGGCUCGGCUCGGCUCGGAACUUGAACCA